UCCUACUCUCUGUACCGUAGACACACGCUACAGUAACAGUCAUUAUCAAUAUGAAGUGAAGUGGUUUGUUUUGUUAACGGGAACUCGUUUACAUUCAUUCCUAGCCGCCAGUUUUUCCGCAAGUUUGGAUCAGACGACUUGACACCAUGGAAGGAAGACGCAGAGGGACACCUGGAUCUGACGACGAUUAUUCAUUUGUCAGCCCUGCGGUCAAAUAUCUGCUGUUCUUCUUUAAUUUCAUAUUCUGGAUAAUUGCCCUAGUGAUGGUGUCCAUCGGUGUGUACGCCCGCAUGAUGAAACAUGCAGAGACGGCUCUGGCGUGUCUCGCUGUGGACCCCGCCAUGAUGCUGAUGGUGAUAGGAGUCCUCAUGUUCAUCCUCACCUUCUGCGGCUGUGUCGGUUCAUUGCGAGAAAACAUCUGCCUCCUGCAGACCUUCUGUAUCUGUCUCACUGUGAUCUUCAUGCUCCAGCUGGUGGCUGGGGUCCUGGGCUUCAUCUUCUCUGAUAAGGCUCGAAAUCGAGUCACUGAGAUGAUCAACAAUGCCAUUAUCCACUACAGAGAUGAUCUUGAUUUACAAAACCUGAUCGACUUUGGUCAAAAAGAGUUUAGCUGCUGUGGAGCGCUGGCAUACACCGACUGGUCUCAGAACAUGUACUUCAAAUGUGACCCAAACAACCCGAGCAGAGAGCGCUGCUCCGUCCCCUUCUCCUGCUGCAUCAUAACUAGAGACAAGGUGGUUAUAAACACCAUGUGUGGACAGGGCAUGCAGAAGUUGGAUAUCCUUCAGGCUGGAGAGCAAAUUCAUACUGACGGCUGCAUAGACAAACUUGUGAACUGGAUCCACAGUAACCUGUUUCUGUUAGGCGGCAUCGCUCUGGGACUAGCAAUACCACAGCUCGUUGGGAUCCUCUUGUCUCAGAUUUUGAUAAACCAGAUCAAAGACCAGAUCGAGCUGCAGAACUACAACCUCAAACACCACAAUGACCCCUGGAGCUGACACAGAGGUGACUGGAAUGGAUGAAACAAGGGGACAUCAUCAGGUUGGGAAGGAGAAGCUUAAGAGCCAGCUCUGUGACUGUACAACAACAUGGAUUAUGAUUCAGUAUCAUCAUUUUGGUAGCUGAAGACCCAGGGCUUUGUCUGCAUGGAGGUAGACUUCAGGACGACAGGAAACGGAGGGAUAACGGACUCUGUCGCCACCUAUGGGACAUAAACGGUGCUUAACUGAGUAAAACUUUAUUCAGUAGUCUAAAUCCUGUUAAUAAAUGAUCCUUUUGUAAUUAGAGUAAUAUUCAUUAAGUAUUUUAUUCAUUUUGGUUAAGAUCCUAAUUAGUACAGGAUUUAAUGCAGGGGUUCUCAAGUGGUCCAGCCUCAGAAGCCAAAUUCAAGAAAAUUUUCACCACUCAGAUUUGCAUAGAGUGCAUCAUUACAGAAGUCCUGGGGGGACAUGCAUGCACACAUUUUAGUUUGUUUAGUUUGUCAUGGUAACAUAUCAAUUUUGGUUGAUUUCUAAUAAUCUCAAGAAAUUAACACACUGGUUGAGUGUGAAAUCACACCCCCAUUCCCUCCUUGCUGCUCUCUUUAUAGUGAGCUGUUUAUAGCUGACUACAGAUGGCACUCAUCAGCACAAUGGAAAAUCUGGACACUUCUCUGGCUGCAGAAAAUUCCAUUAUUGCUAUCACACUACUAAAACUGUGGCAAAAACAGCUAAAGAUUUAUUAUUAACAGUAAAAUUUCACUGAAAACAAAUACCAUACCUAACAUAUUUUUACAAAAUUCAGCCCAAAAUUGAAUAUAAGAUUCUGUGAGUGGUUUUUUUUAGCAAAAUUAGGAUAUUUUUUUCUAGCUGAAUUUCAUUUGUUUGUGCACAUAGACGAUGGUCUCAUGUCUGUUAUCAUUACAGGCCCCCAUAUGCCACUAUAGUAGAUAAACACAAACUGCCCUAUUUAGUGCCCUCUGUGUGGACAAAAUCUGACAAAUGGCCUCUUAAGUACAAUGUAAGUGAAUAAAAUUUGGCUUUUUGCACUCUUUACCCCUUAAAGCCUAUUGUAUCAUAUUUGAUACAUAAUUUUAGGAUACCUCUAUGUAAUCAAUAUGAUCAAUAAAUUACUGAAAAGCCUGAAUAAAAUCUGAUAAAUGUUUAAAAUGCCCUCAAAUGGAUUCUUAGUUGCCAAAAAUACCUAAUGCAUCAAAUAUGAUACAAUAUACUGUAUAUACAUGUAUUUAUAUUUGUUGAAUUUUAUAGAAAUUUUUUCUCUUAUUGGAUUUCAGUAGAAGGUUAAAUACACAUUUCAGUUCCUAAAAAUGAUAAUUUUCUGACUGUUAUUUGCGAUGUCAGGCUUUAAGGGGUUAAGUAGGAAAAAAUUGACACAGAGCCCCUGUUGAACCCUCUGAAUUUUUAAAAUUAUAUAAAUUAAGGGGGCAUAUGUUUGAAAGAAAUGGACAAAAUUUUAUAAAAUGCCCAUUUAGUGAGGAAAAUUUGACAAAGUGCCCUCUCUGGAGCCUUCUUAGUAGGAAAAACUGAUACAAAGGGCUGGUUUUAGUGCCGUCUUAGUAAGAAAAUUUGACUAAUUGCCUUAUUUAGUGCCUUAUAGGUGGGAAAAAUGGCAAAAUGCCCUCUUUGGAGCAUUCUUAGUAGGCAAAAUGUGUCAAAGGGUCCUUUUUGGUGUCCUCCAAGUGGGAAAAACUUGAAAAGAACCCAUGCGCUGGUGCCGUCCAACACACAGAAAAUGCCUUUUUUAUUGAUUUUGCCCCUAUUCAUUAAACACCCGGAGUCCACUACUGGCAUCAAACACAGUGAAGGACAACACAACAGAUCAGGACUGAUCCCACUGCUAAGGAUAAGAAUUAAACAAUGAUGUGUAUUAGACCAAAAUAUUAAUUUCAUUUUAGUUCAUGAGAAAGUCCA